UGUGCACAAUAGAUAAAACAGAAUUGUUUACACUACGCUACGCCUACGUCGACGUGAAAACCGAGAAUUAGGGCUUAGUAAAACAAUUAAACUUCUUCAAUUAACAUGUCGAGGUGCGAUGGGGCCAGUGGAAGCAAGAAACCACGAUCGGAGAGCAACAGCAGCAAGGACUUAAAUGGAUCGGCGGACGGCACUGGGGAUGGAGGCGUAUCUCGUGAUAAAGUGGCGCUGAUAACCGGCAUAACGGGCCAGGAUGGCUCAUACUUGGCAGAGUUCCUGCUCAAGAAGGACUAUGAAGUGCAUGGGAUUAUCAGGCGGGCCAGCACCUUUAAUACUACACGCAUUGAGCACCUCUAUGCUGAUCCCAAGGCGCACAAGGGCGGAAAGAUGAAGCUCCAUUAUGGGGACAUGACGGACAGCAGUAGCCUGGUGAAGAUUAUCAACAUGGUAAAGCCCACAGAGAUCUAUAACUUGGCAGCACAAUCACACGUGAAAGUAUCCUUCGAUUUGAGUGAAUAUACGGCCGAAGUGGAUGCCGUAGGCACGCUACGCAUCCUCGAUGCCAUCCGCACAUGUGGUAUCGAGAAGCUUGUGCGGUUCUAUCAGGCAUCCACGUCGGAGCUGUAUGGUAAAGUCGUGGAGACGCCACAGAAUGAGCAGACCCCGUUCUAUCCAAGGUCGCCUUAUGCCUGCGCCAAGAUGUACGGCUUUUGGAUAGUCAUCAACUACAGGGAGGCCUACAACAUGUACGCAUGCAAUGGAAUCCUCUUCAAUCACGAGAGUCCGAGGCGCGGGGAGAAUUUUGUUACCAGAAAGAUCACGCGAAGCGUUGCAAAGAUUCUCCUGAACCAAAUGGAGUACUUUGAGCUCGGAAACUUGGAUUCGAAGCGCGAUUGGGGGCACGCCAGUGACUACGUGGAGGCCAUGUGGAUGAUGUUGCAGCGUGACAGCCCUUCGGAUUAUGUGAUUGCCACCGGAGAGACUCACAGUGUGCGUGAGUUUGUUGAGGCCGCCUUCAAGCACAUUGGACGCGAGAUAACGUGGAAAGGCAGCGGCGUUGAGGAGGUAGGCAUCGAAAGCAGCACCGACACUGUUCGCGUUCGCAUAAACCCAAAGUAUUUCCGACCCACGGAGGUGGACCUUCUGUUGGGAGAUGCCUCGAAGGCCAAGCGUGAGCUCAACUGGACACCAAAGUGGAGUUUCCUGCAGCUCGUCAGCGACAUGAUGAAUGCCGACAUUGAGCUGAUGAAGAAGAAUCCCAUUGCAUAGAACAGAGCGGGGCCCACUCCCCCCUGGACUAGGACUGCAGCAAACGGCACAAAGCUCUCUGCCCCGCCCGUCCUUGCGGAGCUAUAAAUUAUACAUAAAAUAGUCUUAGGAAGGUCAUCAGUGCGUUGGAUUUACAACUUGUAUGUUCGUUCUCUGUGUUCUCUGUGGGAUUUGCAAUCAUUCCUUUUUCUACUUUGCAGCGUACUUUCUGUUCUGUUUGUGAUUAUGUUUGUUUAUGUAUUCUUUUUU